UUGCUUGGUGUUAACGUGUUGAGGCCCCCAACGUGGUGCAUGGCGUCGGCGCGAUUCGUCCCAUCUGUAGUAACUCGCAGGCACUCGUUUUCCGCGCGGAUUUCGAGUCUAGAUUUAACCAAACGGAUGCGACGCGCUUGGAGGUCGUCAAAGCUUACGUACAGUGUUGCUUACGAGUCUGACUCGUCCGACGUAGAAUUGACAGAAGAAGAACAACGAGACCUCGAAGAAAUACGCAGGAGGAAGGAUGAGCUGAAACGAGAAAUACAGCAAUUGAAAGAUGAGAUACGAGCGGUGACAGCUGAGAUGGAAGGCAUGGAUAACGUCGACGAGAAAGGCCCAGAUCCUAAAGCAAAAAUGGCAAAUACGGGAAGAAAGAAAUUCAAUAUUGAACCAAAGAAGGGUAUUGGCUUUAUGGUUGAGCAAGGAUUGGUAAACGAGAUGCCAGAAGACAUUGCUCUCUGGCUGUAUAGGACGGAAGGCUUGGAUAAGAAAAAGAUUGGUGACUAUUUGGGAGAGAACAAAGAACCGAAUUUGACUGUUCUGAAAGAGUUUGUGAAGCUGCAUGAAUUUGCUGGAAUGACUUUGGUGGAGGCGCUAAGACAUUUCUUGUGGAGCUUUCUUCUUCCUGGCGAGGCACAGAAGAUUGAUCGAAUGAUGGAGGCAUUCGCUCAGCACUACUGUGCUCUCAAUGCUGACGUUUUUACUUCAACCGACACAUGUUAUGUGUUGUCGUUUUCUGUCAUCAUGUUGAACACAAGCCUUCAUAAUCCAAGUGUAAAGAACAAGCCAACUCUUGAAAUGUUUAUACAAAUGAACAGAGGAUUAGACAAUGGGGCAGACUUACAAACAGAACUGCUAACAACUUUGUAUGAGAGCAUUCUAAAAGAGCCAUUCAAGAUUCCCGAUGACGACGGAGCUGACUUAACACAAACCUUUUUUAAUCCCGAGCGACAGGGCUGGUUGACAAAGGAAGGAGGCAAACACAGGUCGUGGAAGAAACGUUGGUUUGUGUUGACCGACAAUUGUCUCUAUUACUUCAAGUCCCCACAACAUAAAGAACCAAAAGGGAUUGUACCGUUGGAGUUAUUGCAAGUACGAGAUGCAGUAGAAGUGAAGAAACCGCAUUGUUUUGAGAUUUACUCUAAUGACGGUCUAAUCAAAGCAUGCAAGUUAGAUUCAGAUGGUAAAGUAGUAGAAGGACAUCACAGUAGUUACAGAAUUUGUGCAGAUAGUGAAGAUGACAAGGAUACGUGGGUUAAAUGCAUCAAAGCAAGUAUCAGUCGUGAUCCUUUCUAUGAGAUGUUGCAUCAAAGGAAAAAGAAAGCAUUGAAGGCAACCUGUCAGGUGAGUAUCAGUCGACUAGAACAAUUCCAGCGGCGGCAUUGCAUGGAUGCUGACCGAUCACAUGUAGUAGUCAAGCGUAGACGUUCGUUGGUUGUCCGCGUUUCGAGUCUUGAUAUUGCAGCUCGUUUUACUAGAGCUUGGCGAUCAUCAAAACAUACGUACUCUGUUCAUCAGUCUGACUUGCUAGAAACAGAGCUGACGGCAGAACAAGAGCGCGAGUUAGAGGAAAUUCGUGGCAGGAGAGAAGAAGUGAAACGAGACAUUCAACGACUACAGGACGUGAUUCGAGCCAUCGCGACAGAGAUGGAAGGCAUGCAGGUGGAAUGCACCAAUGACAAGCGGCUGCCCAUGGAACGAAGUGAAGAGUUUACGUGUAAGUUAGUCAAUACAGGAAGAAAAAAGUUUAACAUUGAGCCUAAGAAGGGUAUUGACUUUUUGGUUCAACAAGAAUUGUUGAAUGAGGUACCAGACGAGAUUGCAUCUUGGUUGUACAGAACAGAAGCUUUAGACAAACGGAAGAUUGGUGAAUAUUUGGGGGAGAACAAAGAACCAAAUUUGACUGUUCUGAAAGAGUUUGUCAAGCUCCAUGAAUUCACUGGAAUGACUUUGGUGCAAGCUCUCAGACGUUUCCUGUGGAGUUUUCUACUUCCUGGUGAGGCACAGAAGAUUGAUCGAAUGAUGGAGGCAUUUGCUCAGCAGUACUGUGCUUGCAAUAAGGAUGUUUUCAGCUCGACAGACACUUGCUAUAUUUUGUCAUUCUCAGUUAUUAUGUUGCACACCAGCCUUCACAGCCCCUCUGUGAAGAAUAAGCCGACAGUUGAAAUGUUUAUACAAAUGAACAGAGGAUUAGACAAUGGUGCUGACUUGCCAGUAGCUCUUCUUAUGACAUUGUAUGACAGUAUUCUCAAAGAACCAUUCAAGAUUCCAGACGAUGACUGCCAUGACUUGACAUGGACCUUCUUUAAUCCUGAGAGGCAGGGCUGGUUGACCAAAGAAGGAGGCAAGCAUAGGUCUUGGAAGAGACGCUGGUUUGUGCUGAAAAACAACUGUCUUUAUUACUUCAAAUCACAGGAACACAAAGAACCAAAAGGCAUUAUUCCUCUCGAAUUAUUGCAAGUCAGAGAUUCAGUAGAAGUGAAAAGACCGCAUUGCUUUGAAAUUUAUUCCAUCGAUGGCCUGAUCAAGGCAUGUAAGUCUGGAUCUGAUGGCAAAGUUGUGCAAGGCCGCCACAAUACUUACAGAAUAUGUGCAGAUGGUGAAGACGAUAAAGAUACAUGGAUGAAAAGCAUAAAAGCAAGUAUUAGCUGUGAUCCCUUUUAUGAGAUGUUACAACAAAGAAAAAAGAGUACUGGAGGUCUCUGACAAUGCUGUACAAUGAAAUGUGAAGACAACUUGCUUCUUGAUCAAUUGACCUAUCAUCUAAUGGAUGACAGGAAAGGUUUCAUAUAAACACAAUUUGUAUACUGUUGACAGAUAGUAAAUCAUAUCUAUUAGCACUUGUUUUAUCACUCAGUAUUUUCAUACUUUGGACUGCUAAUUAGGUAUAACUCAUGGUGAGUUUGUCAUGCAGGUACUUGGUUUAGAACAAAACACAGACAUAUUUUUGCUUCUGGAUGAAUAUGAAUAUUUUAUGUCACUGCAUUUGUUGCCUGUUUACAG